CCUCGCUGUCCCUCCCUGCUGCUCUCCAGUCUCGUCUCGUCUCUGUCAUGGUGCUGCUGGUGAGGACUCGGUGGACGGACGGCUGACGGUUUCUCAGAGAGCUGCAGCUCAGACAUGGAGCCUCUGGCUGAGGUGCCGCUGUUUGAGAUGGACGAGGACGAGGAAGAGGAAGUUCUCUCGAUGAAGAGCCGAGGAGCGUGCACCUACACCUCCCAGGGCGCGGCGCCCCCUGCAGGCUCCGACCCCGACACCUUCACCUACAUGAACUUCAUGAAGAGCCACUGCUGCUACGACGCCAUGCCGCGCAGCUCCAAGCUGGUCAUCUUCGACACCACGCUGCAGGUGAAGAAGGCGUUCUUCGCUCUGGUGGCGAACGGCGUGAGGGCGGCGCCGCUGUGGGACAACAAGCUCAAGUGUUUUGUGGGGAUGCUGACCAUCACUGACUUCAUCAACAUUCUGCAUCGUUAUUAUAAAUCUCCUCUGGUUCAGAUCUACGAGCUGGAGGAGCACAAGAUCGAGACGUGGAGAGAGAUCUACCUGCAGUACUCCUUCAACAGCCUGAUCAGCAUCACUCCAGACUGCAGCCUGUUUGAGGCGAUCUACUCUCUCCUGAAGAAUAAGAUCCACCGGCUGCCGGUCAUCGACCCCAACACGGGGAACGUCCUGCACAUCCUCACACACAAACGCAUCCUCAAGUUCCUCCACAUCUUCGGCUCCAUGGUUCCUAAGCCCAGGUUCCUGCAGAAGCGGAUCAGCGAGGUCUCCAUCGGGACCUUCAGACAGAUCGCCACGGUGCAGGAGUCCGCCACCGUGUACGACGCGCUCACCAUCUUCGUAGAGAGACGAGUGUCGGCGCUGCCCGUCGUCAACCAGGAAGGUAAAGUCGUGGCGCUGUAUUCGCGGUUUGACGUCAUUAACCUGGCGGCUCAGAAGAACUACAACAACCUGAACAUGACGAUGAAGGACGCCGUGUCGUCCCGAGCCUGCUGCAUGGAGGGAGUCCUCAAGUGUUACCCCCACGAGACCCUGGAGACCAUCAUAGACCGCAUCGCCAGGGCCGAGGUGCAUCGUCUGGUGCUGGUGGACAGGGACGACGUGGUGAGAGGGAUCGUGUCUCUGUCUGACCUCCUCCAGGCUCUGGUCCUCACUCCUGCAGGUAUUGAUGCUCUGUACUCCUAA